AUGCGAUUUGAAUUCGUGAGUGACUUCCUUCACCUUCUAUUUUGCCGACUCAGCUGGUUAUCAAUAUCUAUCACAACGUAUGUAGGGUCGCCCCAGUUGAGAUCCUUGAUGCUCUUCCUUCCUAAUUCUUUGGCUAGAAGUUUCUCGUACUUGUAGAGUCCUUUCUCCAUUUCAUGGCGAACAAAAAUGCUAAUACUGGACGUUGUUCUGUUUCUUGGCAAGUGCUGCAUUUGAAGAACGGCAUUGAUUAGAUCGGCGACGAAACAUAUCUUGGGAAUGAUUAUUCGUUUGUUAGUGGCUUCUCUUCCGUACAAAUAACUUUCGACAAUUAUUUCUUCUUUGCUCGCUGCCAUUUCAUUGGGAGGAUCAGAGACGAGCUUUUCGGCAGCAGCGCAGAGAUUUUUCAGAUGUACUGAGCGGUGGGCCAGUGUGCGUAUUUCAGAGCGCGAAAUCCGAUUACAGCAGUAGGCCAAAGGACAGCUCGGCACGUCUCGGUGGUACACAUCGCAGUCAAUUUUUUCAGAUAGACAAUCGUAACAAAAGCGAUGACGACAAUUGAUAAGAUGCAUUCGUGCUACAUUCACACAUGCGAAAGCUCCGCGGCGAGCCUCACAUCUUUGUCGUUCAUCUAGGUCGAGCACAGACAGCGUAAGAGUUCCGAAAGAUAUUUGGGUGACCGUAUUUCCUUCGACACCAGCCAUUUCAUCAACGAUCACGUCAGAGGAUCGCGUUCCAGAACAAGCUGGUGCAGGGCAGAGUGUCCCUGAAAUGUUGUAA